ACACUCCACCUACAAAGAGACAGCAGCUGUUUCAUUCAAAGGCAGUAAUGGCUGAGUCACGACAACCUCAUUUCGAAACUCUUCAGCUUCAUGCUGGCCAGGAGCCUGACCCUGCGACCAACGCUCGCGCUGUGCCUAUUUAUGCGACCACGUCUUAUACAUUUAAUGAUUCUGCACAUGGCGCCAGGCUUUUCGGCCUCAAAGAGUUUGGCAAUAUCUAUAGUCGUAUCAUGAAUCCGACAGUCGAUGUCUUCGAGAAGCGUAUUGCAGCUCUCGAAGGUGGUGUUGCAGCGGUAGCAGCCUCUUCUGGCCAAGCGGCUCAGUUCAUGGCAAUCUCAGCACUUGCGCAUGCAGGCGACAAUAUCGUCUCAACCAGUAACUUAUACGGAGGCACAUACAACCAGUUCAAAGUUUUCUUCCCCCGGUUAGGGAUCACCACCAAAUUUGUCCAAGGAGACAAACCAGAGGAUAUCAGUGCGGCAAUUGAUGACCGCACCAAGGCCGUUUAUGUCGAGACGAUUGGAAACCCUCGGUAUAAUGUGCCUGACUUUGAGGCUAUCGCCAAGGUUGCCCAUGAGAAAGGUGUACCCUUGGUAGUUGACAACACUUUCGGGGCCGGCGGCUACUACUGCCGUCCUAUCGAACAUGGUGCCGAUAUCGUCGUGCACAGUGCAACUAAAUGGAUUGGUGGCCACGGUACCACUAUCGGUGGUGUCGUGAUAGAUAGCGGAAAGUUCGAUUGGGGUAAACAUGGCGCCCGAUUUCCGCAGUUUGUGGAGCCGUCCGAAGGUUACCACGGCCUGAAGUUCUGGGAGACCUUCGGGAAUUUAGCAUUCGCAAUUCGUGUCCGCGUUGAGAUCCUUCGGGAUCUCGGGUCGGCAUUAAAUCCAUUUGCCGCACAGCAGCUAAUCCUUGGUCUGGAGACUCUUAGCUUGCGUGGUGAACGGCAUGCAAGUAAUGCAUUGGCUCUGGCGAACUGGCUGCGUACAAAUGACAACGUGAGCUGGGUUUCGUAUCCAGGACUUGAGGAUCAUCCUACCCAUAGUACCGCUAAGCGCUAUCUGAAGCGUGGCUAUGGCGGUGUCUUAUCCUUCGGUGUCAAGGGAGGCGCUGCUGCUGGAAGCGAGGUCGUCGACGGGUUCAAGUUGAUUAGCAAUCUAGCUAAUGUCGGAGAUUCCAAAACGCUUGCAAUCCAUCCUUGGUCUACGACGCAUGAGCAACUGACCGAGCAAGAACGGCUUGAAUCUGGUGUUACUGAAGACGCUAUCCGUAUUUCCGUCGGGACUGAGCACAUUGACGAUAUCAUCGCCGACUUCGAACAGUCAUUCAAGAUUUCCAGUGCUGCACGCACCCAAUAGGGAGUUGCAAUGAGGGGACGGUCACGCGAUAGACUGUCUGUACCUGUUAUCGGGAGCCGUUGAAGUAACCUAGCAACAUCAGAACACUUGCGAAUUGAGCUGGAGUGUAUAUACGUAAGGCUUGCUAAGGAAGGAGUCAAAGUAUUACGGGCACUAUGUAUGAACUUGCAAAAUCU